AUGGGACACGAGUCUGGGAAUCUGACACGAAUGUGGCAUGCGAUCACCUACAGCUUGUCGCCCUCUGAGCGACACAUCUUCUGGUGCUGCUUCAGCCAGGGCAUCCCCAACAUGCUGCUCCGCUCGCGGGCGUGCAUUCUUCACAUUGUGCCAUUUGUAGUGUUUUAUCCGGUCUACACAUGGGGGACCCAGGAGUUUGAGAAAUCCAACAGGAAGAAUUCAGCUGCCCAUAAAAAUGAUAAAUGA